AUGCCACUAUACAUGAUUGCGUACAAACAGGCUGAUGACAAUGUAGGUCCCGACCGGAAUGCAACUACACCGGUUGUCUUGCCCCAGGGCGAUUCUCCUGAAGCUGUCAUUGUCCGCGAAGUGACUGCAUUCUGUGAAUCAGGCGCACCUAAUUCAGCGGCCGCCGGUGACGAAUACCUUCAUCUCCCAGCCAUUGUUGAUGCAGCCGAGUCGAGUCCUACCGCAGCCAAAGAAGCUGCUGCGACCGUUCGUCGCUACCUGUCAAAAGACCAUUACCAGAGGGGAUAUGCACAAUACAAUGCCAUCAUGUUGCUCCGCAUCCUCACCGACAACCCUGGUCCCGGCUUUACUCAGAACUUCGAUUCCAAGUUUGUGUCGACGGUCAAGGAACUGCUUCGGGAUGGGAAAGACGGCAGUGUACAGCAAAUCCUGAGGGAAACGCUGGAUUACAUCGAGGUCGACAAGGCUCCUGGCAAUGAUACUCUUGGGCCGCUGGUCGAAAUGUGGAGGAAGGAGAAAGGCAAGCGAAAUACUCUUCGUCAAUCGGUAGGUUCAGGAUCUCUGGAAGCCGCGAGUUCCGAUCGUCAUACUGAACACCAACAGCAACACCGAGUACCUCCUCCAUUUGCGGGACAAUACCAACACCCAGGUCCAAGGGUAGAUCUCCUUCCACCUCCAGAAGAACUGGCCGCGCGGAUUGAAGAAGCAAAAACUACUGCUCGACUACUCGUCCAGACGGUUCAAUCAACGCCACAAUCGGAACUGUUGGCCAACGAUUUGGUACAAGAGUUCGCGGGCAGAGCCCAGUCUGCGCAAAAGAGCAUCCAAACGUAUAUGAAUUGUCAGAACCCGCCUCCGGAUCCGGACACCAUGCUCACUCUGAUCGAAACCAAUGAUCAUUUGAAUAUCGCCAUGUCGAAACAUCAGAGAGCAGUGCUACGGGCGAGAAAGGCCAACGGGACGGGUACCCCCAGUCCUGGACUUCAGACGGACUCCAUGCCGAAUCCGAUUUCUAUGCCGCAACAUAAUCUGGGCCAAAAUGUGUAUAGUUCUGGCGCUCGACCUGAUAGUGCCGCCUAUUCGGAAUCGCCUCCCGAGCGACAGAACACCUUUCCAACCCCUGUCAAUGGAUCCCGGCAGGAAGAGCGGUAUACUCCUCCACCAGGCCCUCCUCCCUCCGCUCAAGGAGCUGCCCGAGAUCCGCCUGCUACAAGCAGCUACGAUUAUGCGUACCCGUACACCGCUCCCGGAACAGCACCUCCAUUGCCGACCAGACUUCGGCCACAGUCACGAGUUGGGGUGUACGGGCACAGCGAAAACCCCUUCGCAGACGAUGCAUAUGGGUCAGGUUCGCCACAACGACAUGAACCACGCACAUCAACAUAUGAUCGCACCCCUGAUACACCGUCCACCGAGCCACAAAGGGGCGCCGGACAUCAAUACCCUAGCGAGCUCAGCAGCGGGCAGGAGAUUUCAAAUCCUUAUGAAUCGGCGCAAGGGUAUAUUCAGAAGCCAGAUUCUCCUGCUGCAUAUGACCCAUCGUCACAAAUACACCAUGGUCGUCAACCUAGUGAUGCGUACGGAAGUGAUACAUUGAGCCCGGUAGACGACACAGGACGACGAAUGAAUGACAUGCAUAUCUGA